AUGGUUUCGCAGCAUGUUGGUCGCAAGCGGAAGGCCGCAUCACCUUCUGACGAAGAUGGCUAUGAAUCCGACUGUAUCCUCGUGGCGCCCAGCGGACACAAGUCGUCGGCCAAGAUCAACGCCUCUUCGCAAUCUGUCUCACGAUCGCCACUUCAGGAAAUACAUCAGAACAAGCGACGUCGUACUGUGGAGUGCGUCCUCAUCCCAAGACAAGAGGCUUUGAAACUCUUUAGGACAGCCAACACCGCUGCGUCUGACCAGCAGAAAUCGAUACGCUGGGUGUCUACAGCUUUCAACGGCUCUGCCCACAAGAGGUCUGGUCAAACGGCAAAGGCUCCUCCUAUAAAAGACUCCCGGCAGAUCAGCAUCGCUUCAUUAUGGAAGCCUGCAUCACUAGUCGCCGCGUCCGAAAAUGUACAGAGAGCGGCAUCUGGUAGACAGCAAACAACUGGGACCGAGACACUACGUGCAGAUACGACAAACGCAGAACAGGCUGCAACAACUUCCGCUGCAUUCGCUUCUCGUGCUCGACGUGGCACUACGCGUGUCUCUUACGCCUCACAUCUUGCAGACCUUGACUCGGAGGAAGAGGUCAUGCCAAAGAGGAUUUUGAAGGCUCAAAGACGGAGGGACCUGGACGACGAGGACUACGAGCACGACAUCGACAUGGCUGCCGCCGAUGAGCCCGAGAGUCCCUCUUCAGACGAUGCAGAUGUGUCCGAAAGGUCGGACGCGGGACCAUCUGAAUCAGACGCAGAAGUAGAAGUCCCGCCUGGGAAGAAACACCCCUCACAAGCUAAGACUACCAAAGUGACAGAGAGCAAGGCUGGAUCGACGUCCAACAGUGAGAUGAAGAGCUUGCUCACCCGCCCCUCCGGCACGCAAAAGGGUUUGGACUCAAACUUACCACCUCUCUCUGACAUCAGAGACAUAUUUGCCGACGAGACCAAAAGUGCUUUAGGCCUUGGCCUUCGCGAUGCGCUUUUGCACCUGGACGGAAGAGCUCUUCGAGUCGCAACCAUGUGCUCAGGCACAGAAAGUCCAUUGCUAGCUUUGCAGAUGAUUGCAGACGCUCUCCGGGAGUCCGGAGAGCCACCAUUGAACAUCGAGCAUGUUUUCUCGGCAGAAAUCGUCCCAUACAAACAGGCCUAUAUCGAGCGGAACUUUGCACCUCCUGUCAUAUUUCGCGACGUCACAGAAUUUCCCGUGGCGUUUCAGUCGACAGGUACGCCCGUUGCCACAACAGCAUAUGGAUCCAAGGUGGCCAUACCACUGCAUGCCGACAUAGUCAUUGCAGGCACAUCUUGCGUCGAUUACUCUACACAGAACAACAAAAAGAAAGGUAUCAAUGAUGGCGGCGAAUCUGGCCAAACUUGGUUCGGUGCGCUGGCAUAUUGCAAAGCCGUGAGACCUGCUAUCAUUAUAUUCGAGAACGUAAUUCACGCGCAUUGGAAUCAAAUGUUGAAAUACUAUCGUGACAUUGGCUAUGUCUGCGAAGGAGUAAAGGUCGAUACCAAAGACUACUACUUGCCGCAAACAAGGCAGCGUGGAUAUAUGGUGUGCUUUGACCAGAAGAAGCUGCCGGCCAAGAAGAUCGCACAAGGGCAGUGGCAAGAUCACAUGCAGAACAUGAAACGCUUGGCCAGCAGCCCCAUAUCCGACUUCAUGAUGAACACCAACGACCUGCAUCAACACACUCGACCCCAGGCCCGUGACGAUGACCAGCAGCGUGAGGUCGAUUGGUCUGCAUGUGAGCUAAGACACGUACAACACCGAGCAAAGGAGAAGCUUGGAGCGGCACGUCCAUUUACCCGGUGGCAAGAGGGUGGCUCGAUGGCCGUCCCGGAGAAUGGAUCCAAUGCAUGGUUCACCAAACAGGUGGAUCGCGUGAAAGACACAAUCGAAGGGACUCAUCUCAGUACGGCUCGCAAAUAUCGCUGCGACCCAAGGUAUAAGACUCUACUGUACAACCUCUCACAGAACGUGGACCGAAUACCUGUAGCAGGUGUGCGAUCGCUUGGUCUGAUUGGGUGCAUUCUUCCAACGUCCAUCCCUUAUGUGACGGACUCUGCUCGCGUACUUACUGCUCAUGAAAAUCUGAAACUGCAAGGUAUACCGCUGGAUCGGAUCAUACUUGGUUCCGAGACUCCAGCCGAAUUGCUGGACUUGGCUGGGAAUGCGAUGUCGUCGACAGUGGUGGGCGCGGCAUUACUGUCCGCGCUUUUGGUUGGCUAUCGUCUUGUUGAAUCUGAUGAUAAGCAAUCAACAGCAGACUUGACCUCGACCACUGCAUCAUCCAAUCUUGCGGCAUUUGGCGAGGCGAGCGCAGAGGGUUUUGACCAUCGUCACGAAGUCCUUGGGAGCGAUUUAGAGGAGCUACUGAAGAAGGCAGACAGCUCUGCACGCAAAUGCAGCUGUGAGGGUAACUACCAGCUAUCCCGCAAACCCAUUCAACAAUGCGCUGCUUGUAAUCAUACGACUUGUAUCGCGUGCGGCGGCAAUCCGAAACACGAAUAUCGUCCCAAUCUCGAGCUGAGCAGCUCGAUAGGACGUAUAUGGCCAUCAUCAUUCGAGGACCUGCUGAGAGCCAAGAUGCCAUUACAAGUCCAAUUUGAUCUGCACCCAGAUCUUCAUCGGCUUCACACAACUUCUGCUUUAAACCAGAAGCAGCAUAACCCCUUUGUGACAGCGGCUGAGGUUGCCUUCGCCUCUACCUUCGGGCUUCAACGGAUCCAACGAUCGUACAACUGGCGAAUGAUCUACUCUGCCGAGAAAGCUCGUCUGGAACUUGCUAUUGGCGAUAACAAGAUAGAAUGGCAGUUGUUCGCCCUGCCAGAUCAGAUCCUUGCUAUGAACCAUCCCCUUCGGCUUGCACUUGCCCAUCCUAUCGCACGUGGUGCUGUCAAAGAUGCCCUGCUCUCUGCGGACUGGCAGAUGUGCAUACCUGCGGACGAGAGAGAAGCGCUUGAGAUCUGUCCUUCCAAGCUCAAAGUGCCUUCCUGGUGGGCUCGCCUUGGACUGCCAGAUGACGCCGAGCAUAUUCAGCCCCAGUCAUUGGAAGUGAAGGCUACCUCGAGUGCGCCCACUACGUUGCAGCGCGAGUUGUGUGGUACCUACACACAUUUGCCGAAGUGUGGCAAUGCUGCGGACAGUCUUUACGUGAAGGGAGCCGAGACAGGUGAACGCUCCGUAUACUGUUUCUGCGAUCCGACUCGAACUGGCGAUCCGAAUGAAGAUGAGUUUGUGUUCUCAUACGAUCAUGAGCGCCUGGAUUACGAUGAGCGGCGGACGAUCCUGGCUCGCGUCAAGGCGCCGUGGCGCCCAUGGUCAUCGCCAGAGUCGCAUGCUGGUAAAGCCGUUAUCUAUACAGACAUAGAGCUUGUGAGACCAGCUUCCUUGAUAGCAUUGCGUCCCGGGACGGACACUGUGAACGUUCGUCGCGCUAGGCGGUCACUGGAGGACAGCGUGCUCCCUGACUGCAAGAUUGCGCCAUGCCUGAUACAAUGUACGCUGCCCAGUAACGGCGAAAACUUGUCGUCCAAGAAGACGGUGCUCAUUACAGAAGAUAAGAAGCUGCUCACUAGCUAUGCUUGGGUCUUCGAAGUAAUGCGGCGACAUAUGGCGCAUGACACCUGGCAAAAGUUGCCUCUGCAAAUGCCUUCGUGCGCAUGUCAAGAGUGUGCGCCCAUCAGACCAGAGCUUCUUUGGAGACUAGAUCACGAUGGAAAGACAGUAAAGUCAUACGAGGAUCCAGCAUCCGCGGCAGCGUACGAGCGUGCUAUCAAGGCACAAAAGCACCGAAUGGCUGCCACCAUCACGCACACCGAUAGCGGCGAAGCCAUAAUCGACUUCGGCAUCAAUGUUUUAGCGCUUGCACACAUUGCAGCCUCGCGCCUGCCACAUGACGCAUCCAAAGUGGAUAUCACCUGGAGACUCGAGACAGGCUGCGUGUCUCUGGACUACAAAACUCCACCCUUCGCACUGACUGCUGUCAGCGACAUGGAGCCGACUCCUUGUUCAUUUGAAGAUGGCCGUGAACUGUUUCCAGAGCAACAAAGAGCAUUGUCAUGGAUGCAGAAGCAAGAGCACGGUGUGGAGAUCCAUGCAGAAGAAGCCGAAGAGGCUGUACUGACGGGUGUCGGCUGGCGUGCUGAAGUGCGAGCAUCUCGAACGAUCACUGUGCGUGGAGGCAUCUGUGCUGACCAUCCUGGUUUUGGCAAGACCAUCCUGAGUCUUGCGCUAGUAGGAUCUGACGACGUGGAGCAGCUUCGUCGAGAGCUUCCGGAACGCUCAGGAGAUCUUUUUGCUUCAGUCGCAACACUGAUCGUCUGUCCGGGAACUCUGAUUGAUCAAUGGCUUGGUGAGAUCAAAGAAUGCACAGGCUCGCACCACGGAGUCAUCGUGAUCAGGCAGACCGCAGACUUGUCGAAGUUCACGGAUGCUGCUUUCGAGAAGGCCAAGAUUAUUCUACUCAACCGUUCAGUGCUGAGUUCAGACUCGUACGCCGAGCGAGUCGCCGCCCUUGCGGCGCUUCCUGGCCCGGCAUUAAAAGCUGGAAGAGGGUUUGCGAAAUGGUUGCAGUACGCCAGGAUCAAGAUUGCUGAGCACCUCGACAUCUUGCGCCUCUCGGGCUCGUCAGCCUUGAAAGCGCAUAUCAAGACCAGGUAUGCGGCAAUGCUCGAAAAUGACGAUCUCAGCGCCAUGAUCCCGUCUCGUCGCCUACGAGGAAAGCACUACGAAUCCGCCAACAGCAAGAGCAAAGCCGCCUCAGUACUCAAGCCAGCUUCGAAGACCAUCGACACUGCACAUGUCGAGGCUCCUCUUUUCGAGAAGUUUUACUUCAAUCGCAUCAUAGUAGACGAGUUCCACCAGUACGAAUCACGUGAGCUAGCAACUCUCGGGGGUUUACGGGCAGACAAGCGAUGGGGUCUGUCGGGCACGCCAGCACUUGGCGACUUAUACGAUGUCGCACAAUUGGGGAAGCUCAUUGGUGUUCCCCUCCGGAUUGGCAGUGACGCUCGGGGCAUCAUGAAGAUCAGGAACAGCCGUGCCUUGCGUACUGACAUGACAGACUUCGAGGUGUUCGAAGCUAAACGGUCAAUUCCUUCGGCGCCAAUGCACGUACGCAUGCAUGAGGUAUCACAGGCUUUCUUAGAUACCUUUGUACGUCGGAACCAGGCCGACUUCACCAAGAUUCAACUAGAGGAGCACCUCCUGUCUGCUUCACUAGAGCUCGAACAUCAAGUCGUCUACAUGGAAUUGUCCCAGCACCUCAAUUCCGCAGACAUGAGAAUCACUCGUGGUAGAAGCGCGCAGACUGAAGACCGUGACCCACGAGUGACCGAGAUCGUGGCCAUGUCAGACACACCAGAAGAGGCAUUAUCGCGAGCCGCAGCAUUCUGGCGGGCAGACCAGAAGAGCUUUGGCAGCCAUGAGCUUAGCGGUCUUGGUUUACUACUGACUAGACGUGAAGGUAUUGUAGACGAUCUCCUUGUGCAGCUCCGUACGGCUUUGAAGGAAGCACAAGCAGAUGAGCCCGAUGCUUUCGCGCUGUGGAAAAAGGCAAAGCUCGACCAACGUACCAUAGCGGACCAGCAGACUAUUGACGAUCUCACUGAAAUGGGAAUAUUAGAUGCAUCGACUGCAACAUGCGAAGCUCAAUCCAAGCUCAGCAAGAAACGCAAGCCGUCGAGGAAUGAUGAGGACGGCGACGAACCAGCCUCUGGCGCUCCUCCUGCCACCAAUCCCAAGACAAGCCUUCUGAAUACGCUAGGCAACCGGCUUCUGCUCGCAAAUCGUUCUCUUCGCUAUGCGAGAGGUGUGCAGGUACUUCAAGAACACAUUGCCAAGAAGACACCUCUGCCACAAUGCCAGCAUCCGCAGUGCGCAGGAGUGGGUAAGAAUGAUAUGGCAGUCUCUGCCUUUUGCGGGCAUUUGCUUUGUGAAGGGUGUUACCACAACUUACGCACCGCCGACCAUGACCAUUGCCCAGCAACAGGAUGCGAAGCAAUCUUGCAGAAGUACAACUUGCUCUGGGCCAGUAAGUUAGGUGGCCUGAACUCUUCCAGACGCACACCGUACGGAUCGAAGCUUGACAAGGCAAUGGAUCUGCUGGGGAACAUCCGCGCUCAGCACGACCAAGCGAUUAUGUUCGUCCAAUACAGUGAGCAGCUGCUCGAAGCUGAACAGGCGCUUCGGGAUCGAGGCGUGCCAGCAUUCAUAGUCAAGAGUGGCGAGUCCGCAGCUUCUCAAAUCAAGGACUUUACCGCAGGGGAGCGAACAGUCCUGGUACUCAACGCUUCGGACGAAACUUCUGUCGGACUGAAUCUACAGAACGCCAAUCACGUUAUUCUCCUGUCACCCUUGCUGCGUGACUCUCAGUAUGGCUACGAUUCUACCAAGGCUCAAACCAUUGGACGUGUACGGAGACAUGGGCAGACCAAGGCUAUCAAUGCUUAUACUAUCUUCGCCCCGCACACUAUCGACGUCGAUAUCCUAGAGCAUCGCGAGAAGCGCACCAAUGCAAUCGCUGAAUGGAACGCAGCGGAAAUCACACCACCUGCUGCCGCGCAGUCGUUGAACAUGGACCCCACGGAGCUCGAGCGAACUCAACUAGUCAUCGAGAACGGCCGAUACAGCCUUCGCCCUCAAUCAUGGCUGGUACGAUGCGGGGCGGACAAUGAUUCUGACCAAGUCUCGAGGGUGAAAGGUAGAGGCAGAGUAAUGGGCUGGGAGGAUGUGAGCUCGCUGGUCAAGUUCUCUCGCGCUUAUGCCGAGGAUGAUGAUUGA